AAAAGAAUGAAUUAAACGGGACUGACAUGUAAAGUGUUGCACCUCCGAGCGGCUGGUGCGAGGUCACAACAAUGAGACGGUUAGCUGUUCGUCUCCUCCGCCACUUCUACCGUCCUCCGCUCGCUGGUCAUAGGCUUCUCCAUCAGGAGGGAUUCUUAACAGGUUACCUCCCGGGUCACAGCAGCAUUAUUCCGGGUUCCGGCUGCCACAUCCACAGGAGUGUGAGCAGCACUGCUGUCAGCCAGCACAUCCAGGCCCUGAGUGGGCCCGAACAGAGACUGUUGGAUAAACUGUAUGAUGGACUAAUCUCUGGACAGAGGGCCUCCCUGGCGGAGUCCAUCACGCUGGUGGAGACCCAGCAUCCCAGGAAGAAGGAGCUGGCUCAGGUGUUGCUGCAGAAGGUGCUGGUCUUCAGGAGGGAGCAGGAGAGCAGAAAUGGAGGAAAGCCAGUGGCCUUUAGAGUAGGUUUAUCUGGCCCUCCUGGAGCUGGGAAGUCGUCAUUCAUUGAGGUGGUGGGAAAAAUGUUAACUGGACUGGGACAUAAAGUGGCGGUGCUGGCUGUUGACCCGUCCUCCUGCACUUCAGGAGGGUCUUUGCUAGGGGAUAAAACUCGUAUGACUGAGCUUUCUAGAGACAUGAACGCUUUCAUCAGGCCGUCGCCGGCUUCAGGGACGCUUGGCGGCGUCACCCGGACAACCAACGAGGCCAUCGUUCUUUGUGAGGGAGCAGGAUAUGACAUCGUUCUAGUGGAGACUGUUGGUGUUGGCCAGUCUGAGUUUGCAGUGGCAGACAUGGUUGACAUGUUUGUGCUUCUGAUCCCACCAGCAGGUGGCGAUGAACUCCAGGGCAUCAAGAGGGGCAUUAUUGAGAGAGCCGACUUGGUGGUGGUGACAAAGUCCGAUGGAGAUCUGGUGGUGCCAGCCAGACGGAUCCAGACCGAAUACACCAGCGCCCUGAAACUGCUGAGGAGACAAACCAAAUCCUGGAACGCCAAGGUGGUCCGUGCCUCCGCCCACACCUUUGAGGGCAUCCCAGAAGUCUGGGCCAAGAUGGAGGCGUACAGGGCAGCCAUGUUGAGCAGCGGCGAGCUGCAGGGCCGGCGGCGGGCCCAGCAGAAGGUCUGGAUGUGGAGUCUGAUCCAGGAGAACGUCCUCUGGCAUUUCCAGAACCACCCGGCCGUCAGAGGGACUCUGCCCCGCCUGGAGCAGAAGGUCACCAGGGGAGAAAUUUCUCCAGGACUGGCUGCUGACCUGCUUCUCAAAUCUUUCUCAGAGUCAUCGUAACAUGACGACCAACAGAACGUUUGAGUUGAACAAAUCCCUCGUGGCCAUCGUCGCUGCGCCCCCUGUGGUCAAGGAAGGCAGGACGGAGUGAACUGCUAUGACUCUUUGAUUUGCACAAAAAGUGUUUUUAACCUUUCUGAGACACAACCAAAUUCUGAUUCAUUUUUACUCUUAAGUAUGAUGGCAUAUGAAGGCCACCCUAAGAAAAAUAAAUUAAUAAAAUUACGAGAAUUAAGUUGUGCGAAAAUAGUCAUAACUUUGAACGAUUAAAGUCAUAGUACUUUGAGAAUACUCAUAUGAGAAUAAAGACGUACAACUAGAAUUAAGUUGGAAUAUUUUCAGAAUAAACUCAAAAUAAUACGAGAAUAAAGUUGUAGUGUUACGAGAAUAGUUAUAUUACAACUUUAAUAUGUCAUUCUUGAAAUAUUACUUUUUGAAAUAUUACAACUUUAUUCUCAUAUAAUACAACUUUAAGCUUGUGUUAUUUUGACUUUUUUCCCUUACGACUUUAUUCUUGUAAUUUUAUUUUAUUUUUUCUUAGUGUGGCCCUAAUACUUUGUCAUACGUAAGAGGUGGUGGGCAAGGUGUAUCGCUACAUCUCCAUGGCAAUAAGAGUAAGAAGUGACUAAAUAAUUAAUCUGAUAAAGUUUUAAAGUCAACGCUGGUCCAGUUUUCUCUACAACAUUAAAGAUUCUCAGUCUUCAGGAAAAAGGUCCAGAUUUUGAGGCUUUUCUGCUCCCACCCCUUUUCUAAUUGAGCACAAAAAAAAUCUUUAAACAAUAAGCUAAGCAAAAAGAGGCUUCACAUAUAAAUAAUUAUGACCCUGUUGGAGCUGCUAUGGACAAUGUUUUAUUGUGAAAAUCUUUUACAGAUGUUUUAACCUGAUUAAAAUGGUUACAUAAAAGACAAAUGUGAAUCUUAAAUCGAUUAUUUAAGUGUUUGUAAUAGAAAUUGAUGAAGCUUUUCAUCCGUUGUUUACAUUUGAAAGAAGGGGAGUGAUCAAAGUUACCUGCAAGCAUUUUACUCCUGGGAUUUGGCUUUUUCUCUUCUGCCUGGGGGCAAAAAUACCGGGGUGAGGUUCUCUAUAAAAGACUACGGCGGACUGAUCCUGCCAAAAUUGACAAUAAAUAUCAAAAUAAAUUAAUGGAUUCGUAAAGUAACUCAUGUAGGAAAUAUUAGAUCUGAAACAUAAACAAAAAUAACUAACUUACUUGAUUAUACAAGGACCAGUUAUUUCAUUUUCAACAGUAUUAUUUUAACGUUGCUAUUUGUUUUCUUAGUUUUUUCUGACCGUUUUGUUUAUUUACGUAGAUUUUGUAUUUACAUUUUCUUUUAUUUGCAGUCGCAUCUCAUUUCACUUAAGAGAAGUAAAUUUAGUUGCACUUACUGUAGAUUGAAGUCUUAUCUCAUUAGAUAACUUUUUGGAGAAAAAGAUGGACCCAGAAAUAUAGUGAUGGGGUUCUGCACUACAGCUCUAGACUUAAUUUUGAGUUGAACCUGAAUAAACAGGGCAAUGUAAACUGUAUAAAAAUGGGAAAUGUGUGGUUUAGACUUUUCUUGGUUUAGUUCGAAGAAUAAUGAAGAGAAGUCAUAUUAAAUACAGACAUAAGUGUAUUUAUACAACAAUAAAGUAUUUAUCAGAGAACUCUGCACCAGUAUAAUAUGCUUAAAUACACCAAUAGCUUCACAAGCCUGGUCAAACGGGUAAAAACAACACAACUUUAAUUUGUUCGGUGAGUCCAAUGUAAAAUAAAUUGAAACUGAGAAAAACAAUAAACUGACAAAUAGUUCAGAAAGUAUAAAUUAGGAAUUCUGAAUAUAAUGUAAAAUAAAUAAUAGCGGAUGAGUACAGAAUUUAUCGAAUAGAUCUGCUGAUCCAGAAUUUUUUUCAAUAUCAGGACUGAUGCAGAUAUUAAUAUUAAUAUCUAGUUUAGGCUUUUUUUUUUUUUUUUUUUGAAUUAGACAUGAAGCUGUGCGCGAAUACUCGAUUUAUCAACACCUGGUUCUGUAUGUAAAAUCCUUGAAAUUUUCCCCCCACUAGAGGUCUCCCAAACACCACCCAGCUCUGGGCUCAUUACCCUAAUGACGGGACACACACCUCCCAAACCGCCCUCCCCUUCCCAACGCCUCCUGUCCUCCAUCCAUUCUUCACUGAGGUUGCACAGGGUGCCAGGUCACUUGGGGGUGAAGACAUCAACAGCUGCCACUCUCCUGGAGGACAGGCUGUACUGUAGUCCCUGCUCCCCUCCUCCUCCAAGAAAAAAAAAAAAAAGAGUGAUUCCUUGAACAGUACAAAGUAAAAGAAGGCAGCUUUUAGCCUGUCUUUGUGUAUUUUAGGGGGAAAUUAUUGGGUGCGUUCGGUUAUCUGUGCCCGUCCUUGCCAGGCUGCUGGACAGACUCCCAGGUCGCUGCUCGUUUGCUCCCGUCUGCGUACGAGAGGAAGAAUGCCCCCUGAAUGCAGAUGGAUUCAUUAGGUCUGAGUAACUCCCUUCUCCUCCAUCAUGCUGACACAAACGCAUACACACUGUGACUGCUCUGGCUUUGCAACAGGGUACAGUGAGUUCUGCAGAUCUCUCUCUCACACACACACACACCCCCACACACACACAGGUAUACACAUAGUUAUCUCCAGUGUAAACAACACCAUGCGGUUUCGCUAAGAAAGAUUUAAUCAACUGCUGCCGGCUCGUGUUCAGCCAUUUUAGCCUAAACAGAGUCGCUGCACAUGUGUUUAGCAUUUUGCUGGAUCUCUUGAAUGUAAGCAGAGGGAUAGAGACUGCUUCUUUGAUGAGGUUUCUCAUGUUUAAUGGACAGGAUUAGAAAGACGGUGUCAGCAGUCUGUAGGACAAAUCUAAACAGAGCCUUCGUGCUGUUUUCAUUCUAGGAACUCUGCUCCCCUCACAAAGCCUCAAAGUCUGGAGAGAAAACCCUGAAAAACUGGAUCUGCUAAAAAUGUCAGAGCUGGCAUGUUGUAGCCUGGAAACACAUCUGUGUUUGUCUUCCUGCUGGUUGUAUCAGUGUUGGAGUUUAGUUGUUUUCUGCUCAGAUCAGAGCGUAAGGAGAAGCCUGACACUGAGGGAAAUGUCAAAGCAGCACUGCUACCUGGUUGAUUUGGGAGGGGGGCAGUGACAAACUGGCCAUGGACUGCUGAUCCCUGCUGCUUUGCUCGUUGCACACCUCACACCUAAGCGUCGUCCGUUCCCUCCUUACACACACACAGCCGUCCAGCCAGAUAACCUGCCUGGCUUUUUACUAGGAGUGGGAAUCUAAUCAGACUAAUUCUGACUUUCAUCUUCUGAGAUUGUCGGACUUCUGAGAAAAAAGUUGGAAUUCUGAGGGAAAAAAAAAAGAAUUCUGAUAAAAAAUAGGUCGGGAUUUUGAGAAAUCUGGAAUUAUGAGGGGAAAAAAGUCAGUAUUCAGAGUCGGCACUCUGAGAAUCAGAAUGAUGAGAAAAGGUCAAAAUUAUGAGAAGAGGUCAGAAUUUUCAGAAAAAAACUGAAUUUUGAGAAAAAAGUUGGAAUUCUGAGAUUAUAGUUGGAAUCCUGAGAUCAAAGAUGUAAUUCUGAGUUUAACAUGGGAAUUCUGAGAGAAAAAACCCCAUAAUUCUGAGAAAAGUCAGAAUUAUGAGGGAAAAAAGUCAAAAUUAUGAGGAAAAAGUCAGAAUUCUGAGUUUAAAAGAAUUACAGGGAAAAGUUGUAAUUCUGAGAAUAAACUUCAGAUUUUUUUAUUCAUUUAUUUUUUCAGUGACCCUAUUCCUUUUCCGUAUGCCUGGCUUCAAACUUUGGUUGGGAAUCGUUUACCAUCUCAUGAGUUGAUUCUGACUCUUUUGGGGGCCCAGUGUUUGAUUCAAAAUUGAUCUUUGAGUCAAGACCAGAAAUUAGUAGAAUACCCAAAAAUUGGAAAUCAGAAGUGGUUUAUAAUUUUCCAUUCCUAGCAAACAGCCUGUCAUCAAUCAAUCAAUCAAUCAAUCAAUCAAUCAAUCAAUCAAUCAAUCAAUCAAUCAAUCAGCACAGAGCCAGUUCAAAGUGCUUUCCUAUCUUAAGAAAGAAAUGUUGGAUUAGGACUCUCCUUAGUGGCGUCGGUGAGCUACAGCUCGGCUCCCCGGCACAUGUAGCGCCUCGCUCAUUACGCGGCUGUGAUGGGUCACACUGCUGCCUCUUCAUAAGAAGACCCUCAUGGCGACACGUCUUAUUAUAUCAACCGCAGAGAUGGAUGUUAAUACCAGGCUUCAGUGUGCGCGCUGCGUGCUCUCUAGCCUGUAGAGUGCGGAGCCGCAGUUGGUAUUCAAAGUGCAUCUCGUUGCGCGGAGCUAAUUCUAUUUAACCCGGUGAAGUCUGCUGGAUGGUUCAGUGAGAAUGCCCCAGGGGAGUCCAGUAUGUACCUCUGCUUUAUUACACACCUGAGGAGGCCCACUCUCCCACACAUGUACACUCCGCUGUUUGCUGUGUGUAAUUUACUGGGUCGCCUGUGGGCAAGGCCUUCAUCUGCAGGAAGGCGCGAAUGGAGCCUUGGCGCCAGUAAUUGGACUUUAGAACAGAUUGGGGAACUUGAUUGACCCCCGGUAAUGGAUUUGAGUGAAUAAUUAUUUGUAGUUAUGGUUGGAAGAUGAUAUCAGGGAGAGAGAGACCAAUCCCACCAGUGUGACUCACCCCUGCCGCCAGAGCGGAGCGCUGCCAGCACUCAAUUAAUGAAAUCCAGCUGCUCGGGCUCCCCACGUGUAGGAGCUGAUCAAAAAACACACAUAGAGGGGGUCUGGUCAGAAGAAGGGUUAUCUUUAUCCAACCUUCCCCUUUUUUCGCAAGACUGUCUGCCUGUGGCUCAUCACAAUGGUGGUUAUAAAAUCUCCUCCACUCCAGGUACAGGACAUUAACGCUGAUAAUGUCUCCAUUAUUUUUUUAACUGCCCGUGGCCCCGCUCGGCGCGGCCCGCGGCGGACAUGUUAAUGAGACCCCUCAAGAUGGCGGGCAGCGCCUCCUCAGGACACAAAACACAAUCACUUUUAAUCCAGAGCUUUUAAUUGGCGGCCAAGUUUCUCAGAGUGAAUUUGGACGGUUGGACGUCUGCAGGCGGGCGAUGGCACGCCGGCCGCCUUUCAGUGGUGAAACAAACGGGAAGUGAUGAAAGGUUUUUUUUCAAGUGGGAAAUUGAGUGUAUUAUUGUUAUUUGAAACUGAAAUUAAAGAUUUUCUUGAUUUUA